AUGCAGUCGAGGUCGUAUACGAAUCUUUUGGAGUUAGCUUCAGGGAAUUUCCCUGUAAUGGGGCGAGAAAAGGAGAGAAGAAAGCUGACGAGAGUAAUGACUGUUCCUGGAAGUAUAACCGAGCUUGAAGACGACCAAGCUAGCAGUGUUGCAUCUGAUAAUCCUUCUUCGCUUUCAAUGGACAGAAUGAUUAUUGUGGCGAAUCAGUUACCUCUAAAGGCUAAAAGAAGACCUGAUAAUAAAGGAUGGAGUUUCACUUGGGAUGAUGAUUCAUUGCUUUUCAGACUCAAGGAUGGUUUCCCCGAUGAUAUGGAGGUUUUAUAUGUCGGUUCCUUGAAUGUUGAUGUUGAUCCUAUAGAACAAGAUGAUGUUGCUCAAGUUUUACUGGAUCGAUUCGGAUGUGUCCCAACUUUCCUUCCUCCAAACCUAAUCGAGAAGUUUUAUGAUGGUUUUUGCAAGAAACAGUUAUGGCCACUCUUCCAUUACAUGUUACCAUUUUCAGCUGAUCAUGGUGGGAGAUUCGAUCGAUCCAAUUGGGAAGCAUAUGUUGCAGCAAACAAAUUAUUCUCCCAGAAAGUUAUCGAAGUGAUCAACCCCGAAGAUGAUUUCGUUUGGAUUCAUGAUUACCAUUUAAUGGUAUUACCCACCUUUUUAAGAAGACGUUUCAAUCGUUUAAGAAUGGGAUUCUUUCUCCAUAGUCCAUUCCCCUCUUCUGAAAUCUACCGAACACUUCCUGUUCGUGAAGAAAUCUUGAAAGCUCUCCUCAAUUCCGACCUAAUUGGAUUCCAUACUUUCGAUUACGCCCGCCAUUUCCUUUCCUGUUGCAGUAGAAUGUUCGGAUUGGAGUAUCAAUCCAAACGAGGCUACAUCGGAUUAGAUUACUACGGGAGAACAGUCGGAAUCAAGAUCAUGCCAGUUGGAAUCCACAUGGGACAAAUCGAAUCAGUGAUGAAACUAGCAGACAAAGAAUGGAGAGUCAGUGAACUCAAACAACAAUUCCAAGGGAAAACCGUUCUUCUUGGAGUUGAUGAUUUGGAUGUCUUUAAAGGCAUAAACUUGAAGCUUUUAGCCAUGGAACAAAUGCUCAAGCUUCAUCCAUCAUGGCAAGGUCGAGCUGUUCUUGUCCAAAUCGCAAACCCUUCAAGGGGUAAAUCCGGAAUAGAUUUCGACGAAAUACAACUCGAGAUACAAGAAAGUUGCAAACGUAUCAACGACCAAUUCGGUAAGCCCGGGUAUCAACCCAUAAUUUACAUAGAUACCCCUCUAUCAGUAGGCGAAAGGGUAGCUUACUACAGCAUAGCCGAGUGUGUUGUUGUAACUGCAGUUCGAGACGGGAUGAAUUUGACUCCAUAUGAAUACAUCGUGUGUAGACAAGGCGUUUCCGGGUCGGAUCCGGAUCCGGAUUCGGGCGGGUUGAAAAAGAGUAUGUUGGUGGUGUCAGAGUUUAUCGGGUGUUCACCUUCUUUGAGUGGGGCCAUUAGGGUCAACCCAUGGAAUGUUGAGUCAACUUCCGAGGCUAUGAACGAGGCUAUAUCGAUGAGUGAUUCGGAAAAACAAUUGAGACAUGAAAAGCACUAUCGAUAUGUGAGUACACAUGAUGUGGGGUAUUGGUCUAGAAGCUUCUUGCAAGAUAUGGAAAGAACAUGUGCAGAUCAUUUUAGGAAAAGAUGUUGGGGGAUUGGAUUAGGGUUUGGUUUUAGGGUUGUGUCUUUGGAUCCUAAUUUUAGGAAGCUUUCGAUUGAUGAUAUUGUGACAGCUUACAUAAAGUCUAAAAAGAGGGCGAUACUUUUGGAUUAUGAUGGAACUGUUAUGCCUCAGAAUUCGAUUAUUAAGACACCGAGUAGACAAGUUAUCUCAAUUCUUGAGAGACUUUCUGGAGAUGCAAAUAAUACGGUUUUUAUUGUUAGUGGAAGAGGUAGAGAAAGCUUGAGCAAGGCUCUUGCUCCUUGUAAGAAGCUUGGAAUUGCAGCUGAACAUGGCUACUUUAUGAGGAGGUCUCAAGAUGUAGAAUGGGAAACUUGUGGACAGAGUACGGAUUUUGGAUGGAUGCAAAUGGCUGAACCUGUGAUGAAACUAUAUACAGAAUCAACAGAUGGAUCUUCCAUUGAAACUAAAGAAAGUGCUUUAGUUUGGCAAUAUAGAGAUGCAGAUCCAGGGUUUGGAUUUGCUCAAGCAAAAGAGAUGCUUGAUCAUCUUGAAAGUGUCUUGGCAAACGAACCUGUUGCUGUUAAAAGUGGUCAAUAUAUUGUUGAAGUCAAACCACAGGAAGCGAGUAAAGGUAUGGUAGCAGAGAAGAUCUUUACAUCAAUGGCACAAAACGGGAAUCAAGCGGAUUUUGUUCUUUGCAUUGGUGAUGAUCGAUCCGAUGAAGACAUGUUUGAAAUUAUUGGAAAUGCAAUUUCCAAAAACAUGCUUUCAGUCAACACAACCGUGUUUGCAUGCACAGUUGGACAGAAGCCUAGCAAAGCCAAAUAUUAUCUUGAUGACACAUCCGAAGUUAUUCUCAUGCUUGAAAAUCUUGCAGAAGCCACUGACACUCCUGUCACAUCAGAAGAUGACGAGAGUGAAUAAUAGGUUUCCUUUUUCUCUUUUGAAAUGAACUUUGUUGAAAAAAGCUUUUUACAUUAUUUUGGCUUUGCUGUUCAUUCUUGGAGUCUCUUUUAUAAAGUUGGAAAUAUUGGUCUUGUUUUGACAAUGGUGGAAAAAAUGGAUGAAAAUGUGAAAGGUAAGUUGGGGAUUCUCUUGUAUUUUUCUUUAUUGUUAUGCGGAGUCUGGAAAUGUAUAGACAUGUGGGGUGAUGGGUUCGAGUGUUGUGGGGUAUGAAUGGAAACUUUAGUGGGGUUUAUGGAGGGUUAGUUUUGUAGAUUGUUGUACCUUCAAUACACAUUUCAUUUGGUAAGAUCCAAUUGUAUACUAGCAUCUUUUGUUUUGAAAAUGUAAUUUUGACUUUUUGAGUGUCAUUGGUUAUUUCUA